ACCAAAGGUCCUUUAGACUCGCACUGGGAUGUAGCGUCCAGCCUCCAUUCACCCAGCAGCAGUCAUGAGCCUGACAGAAGUGCUUCCACGAUGUUUUGGAGUCAGGAGGUGUAUCCAGAAAAACAUGACGCAGCCAUGUUGGAAAACGUAUUCCACAGUCAGUCACAGGACCUCCGGGCCUUCCAAAUCUACCUUUCUUCACUCUUCAGAAACUUCAGGUUUUCUAAGAAUGUGUAUGAGUAGGAUAAAACAUGGAUGCUUACGAACCAUAACUUCUAAAACUUCUACAACAGACGUCUGCAGCCAAGUCGAACUACUUGGUAGACAGUUCCCUCGAGAUGAUUACACUAAUGUCACAAGUAAAAUCUUAUCCUUGGUUGGGAAGAACCUGCACAACCAGAAGUACCAUCCAUUGUGGCUCAUAAAAGAGAGGAUCAAGGAGCACUUCUAUAGAGAAUUUGUAGGCCGAUUUGGUAACCCUCUGUUUUCUGUUUAUGAUAAUCUCAGUCCGGUUGUUACCACAGAACAAAAUUUCGACAAAUUACUUAUUCCAUUGGAUCAUCCUAGUAGAAGAAAAGGUGACAAUUACUAUUUGAACAAGACACACAUGCUGCGUGCUCACACCUCAGCCCAUCAGUGGGAUUUGAUGCACUCUGGACUGGAUGCAUUUCUUGUGGUGGGGGAUGUCUACCGACGUGAUGAGAUUGACAAGAGUCAUUACCCAGUCUUUCAUCAAAUGGAAGGUGUCUGUCUUUUCUCAAACCAUGAGCUGUUUGCAAAGGUCGAAAAUAAUGACACAUGUCAUUUGUUUGAGAAUGGUUUUCGCACACCCAGCAAACAAGAGAGCCAUACACUGGAAGCCAUGAAACUUGUAGAGCAUCGCCUAAAGCAAACACUCUCCAAACUAAUCACUCAUCUGUUUGGUGAAGGACUGGAGAUUAGAUGGGUGGACUGUUACUUCCCCUUCACUCACCCAUCUUUCGAAAUGGAGAUCAAGUUUCAGGGAGAAUGGAUGGAGGUAUUAGGAUGUGGUGUCAUGGAGCAGGAGUUAGUGAAUUCAGCUGGUGCUCAGGACAAGAUUGGAUGGGCAUUUGGUCUUGGAUUGGAGAGAUUAGCCAUGAUUCUUUACAGUAUUUCUGACAUUCGCUUGUUCUGGAGUGAAAGCGAGCUUUUCUUGAAACAAUUUCAUGUGUCCGACAUCAACCAGGCAUUUCAUUUUCAGGCAUUUAGCAAGUUUCCCUAUUUGAGCAAUGACAUUUCAUUUUGGCUGCCCCGUGAAGGCUAUCUGGAGAAUGAUUUUUAUGAUCUUGUCCGUAACGUUGCAGGAGAUAUUGUUGAAGAAGUGUCUUUGAUUGACCAGUUUACACAUCCAAAGACCAAAAGAGUCAGCCAUUGUUACCGAAUUAAAUAUCGACACAUGGAGCGCACUCUGACACAGGAAGAAGUCAGCUUAGUACAUAAUAAAAUUGGCAGCUUGGCAAUAGAAGAGUUGGGUGUGGAAGGGAGAUUUUAAGAUUACUCCAGUGUUUUAUUUCUCUUUCCAAGCAAAUUAUGUCAAAUUUCAUUUAAUAUCACAUCAUUAAAUAUAUGAUUAAAAGUGUUUGUUUUUCUAGUUGUUUUUUUUUUUUUUU